AUGUCAUUUACAACGAGCUGUUCAAGGAACUCGGCCAACUUGUAUGCGGAACACUUGACCAAGCCGGCGCAACCUAAAGGGUGUUAUCAGUUCAUCUUCGACGUACCGAAGGCGGCAUCAGAUCGUCGAAAUAUGCGUGGCUUCGCCAUUCUAUGUCUUGUCGUUUUUCUGUUCGUGGCCUAUUGUGAGGCCAGGCCGGAGGCUGAGACCAAUCAAAAGCUGCGCGAAAGUGGUGUGAAACUGAUUGGCACAAUGCGAACGGCCAUGAUGAAAAUGUACGAAAAAGGGAAAAGCCGAUUUAUGGCGUAUAUGGAGAGGGAUAAUUUAGGAGAGAAGAUAGCUGCGGUCCUGGAAAUUCAUUCAUUCUCGACAGUGAUGCAACGUUUGACGAAGCGUAUCGAAGGUUACUUGGUGCGUUCUUCGGUUUCUUCAAACAUUCAAACAAUCAUGCGAAAAGCUCAGAAGUACGUCCAAGAACCGCAUGCAGAUAGAUCUUCUGCCUUCGUAUCCAGGGCAUCUCUCGCUGAAACCUUGCUAUCCCUGUUUAUCGAUGCAUGUUGUGUUUCCGAAACAUGCUUGCAAGACCCAACUUCGGUCGUGCACUUUAAGCAGAUUAGGACGAGCUCAGAUGUUCCACAUUUCCCUUUUCUGAUAUUCGGUGAUGCUGAAGCAAUUGCUCGUGGUAUCAACGGUGUGGGAGUUGCACUCAGCCCCAAAGCUGACAGCGCAUCAGUCCAGAAGAAGCACAUUCAGGUGGUAGAUUUUGUAGUCGAUGCUCAGCGUACGGAUAAUGGUGAGGGACUGAUUCAGUUGUGUGCUAAUCGCCGUCUGUUCAGGGCCAGUACAAACUUCCAACACAAAUGCUCACAUCGAAUUACUCGGACGCCACCAACUGCGAUGGUCAUGAACUCAUGGCUCUCGGUUACCGAUGGAGAGCUUCAAUUAAAGAUUGUCGUCCCUUGUGGGGCAACUUCGGCUAUCGAACUGAACUGGCCUAGAAAGCCACUAGGAACGCAAAGUCAAGCAGAUGACGAAGAUUGCUUGGAGGUUGAAUGGAGGCUGGUUAAAGGACCUGUGCUCUCAGAUUUAGGAAAUGUUUGUCCAAGCCACCUGAUCAGACUACACGGACACUGGACAGCGUCGAGAUCGGCAGAUUUUGUUGCCGUAAGAAAGGCCAUACCAGCAACUAGAGAGCAUGAUGGCGCAUGCGGCUCUCUCAAACACUGGAUAAUCAGGAACUUGAAGGACGGAGGACGCUGGUGGAUUUCCAAGGCCGAGGAAAUGGGGAAGGCCUUGCUGCAGCUGAUUCGAUCGACCGGUCAAAAGAAGACAAGUGUCAACCAAACCAUACGUGAAAAGGAAGGAACAGCAAUGCACUCGCAAACUCGUUUUGAGCAAUCGGCUGAACACUUCAAAGGACAGUUCGGCCAGUCUCCUCCAGAGAAAUCGUCCAGCUGUAGCACCCUUUUGGUGCCUAGCUGCCACAACAAUGGAAGGAGGCACGAGGGCUGGGAUACUGCCAGUUUGCCCAACUCUAGGGAGGAGCAGUCAAAGCGUGUGAUAUCAAUUCUCCAACGCGAGAAAGCGCCUGGCCCAGAUGGUCUGCAGGCCUCACUCUUCAAAGGUGGUGAAGUCCCGGUAAAUAGCUUGACAACCAUACUGCAGAAGGUUUGGAACGAAAACAGAAUACCAGUCGAAUGGAGCUCCUCGAUCGUCAUCUCAGUCUUGAGAAAUAGAGCAAGAAGGUCGUCGUGA